AGUGAGGGGUACCUAGGCAGAUGCGGCAAGGCGGCGCGAAUGGAGACACAUGCGCAUUUAGCUGCGCUGGAAGGCGGGAAGGCCCGAGGCGGCGGCCUCGAGAGUUCUACGUGCUCAACCCUCAGCCUGGAAUCCAGUCCUGCAGCUUCGUCUCCGGGGCCUGGGGCGCGACCCCCGCCACCCACCCCACGGGGUGGCCCAUUAGCCAAGAAGCCUUUAGGGACUGUCAUGUCUGAACAGGACCUCAAAAAUAAGGAACAGGAUCAGAAUCAGGAUCAAGCAGGCCCUUCUAUCUUCUCUGAAUUGGAAAGAAGCAGCUCACCCAAUGAUGUACAGGGAAGGCAUAGAUUUUCUAGCCCUUCACUGUCAGUCUCCAAUGCAGACAGCCACACAGAAACCUUGGAUGGGAAGACAUCAAGUUUCUUUGUAGCUCUGGAUGCCAGCAUCGAAACUUUACAAAAAAGGGCCCAGCAGCUGAUUGACAGCAUCAAUGAAAGCAGGCAGAAGGACCACACGCUCAUGAGCAACUUCAGAGACAGCCUCAAGAUGAAGGUGUCAGAUUUGGUUGAGAAGUUGGAAGAAAGGAUGUAUCAAAUUUAUGAUCAUCAUAACAAGCUCAUUCAAGAGAAGCUGCAAGAGUUCUCAGAAAAGAUGGAGAAGAUCAAUAAUUUAGAAACUGAGCUCAAACAAGUCUGCCACACUGUGGAAACUGUAUACAAAGACUUGUGUGUGCAGCCUGAAAUAUGAUAGUAUCCCAGGAAAAGACCACCUGAGAAAAGAGUUGUAAGUCAAUGAGCAUGAGAACAAAGCUAAGAUAAAAUUAAAUGUUGCACACAUUACAAUAAUAAACAUUCUUCACAUGUGCUGUUCUACUUGAAAA